CUGGCAUAAUACAAAAUUGCUGUCUCUACCAUGUCCCUCGGAAACAUCCUCCCUUCUUGAUUUUUCUCUCUCCAGAUUCUUUCUCUGUUAAUUUUCCCUCUCUAGAUUUUCUUUCUAUCCAACUCCUAUCGUUUCUUCUCUCUCUCUCGAAAUUUCUCUGGUCUCUCCUCGGUUCCUUCAAUGGCGCCGAGUUUCAGAGACCUCCAGCUCACGGCCUCCGGGUCGUCCGGCGGCCGCCGGAGACAGCCGGAUAAUUUCGCCGACGAGAACGGGGACGAACUCGAAGACGUACGGCUCCUCGAUUCUUACGAAGAUGGUGAUUCGGAGAAAUUGGUGGGUUCUGAGGAUGUUCGUGAGAAGAGAAUUCAAGUGAAAGUCACGGGGAUGACCUGUGCGGCGUGUUCGAAUUCGGUUGAAGGAGCGCUCAUGGCCGUCGAUGGGGUCUUACGGGCUUCUGUGGCUUUGCUUCAGAACAAGGCCGACGUCGUCUUUGAUCCCAAUUUGGUCAAGGAAGAUGACAUCAAGAAUGCAAUAGAAGAUGCAGGGUUCGAUGCAGAAAUUCUACCUGAAUCUGGUAUGACUAGAAUGAAGCCACAUGGAACCCUGUUGGGGCAGUUCUCUAUAGGAGGCAUGACAUGUGCAGCCUGUGUGAAUUCUGUUGAAGGCAUCUUAAGAAAGCUCCCUGGAGUCAAAAGGGCAGUUGUUGCCUUGGCGACUUCCUUUGGAGAAGUUGAAUAUGAUCCUACUGUAAUAACUAAGGAUGAUAUAGUUAAUGCAAUUGAAGAUGCUGGUUUUGAAGCUUCAUUCUUACAGAGCAGUGACCAGGAUAAAAUCAUGCUAGUGGUUGCUGGGAUAUCUAGUGAGAUGGAUGUACAGGUUUUAGAAGGUAUACUUUGCAACUUGAGAGGAGUGAGGCAAUUUCGUUUUGACCGAAUGUCAAGAGAAUUGGAAGUUCUAUUUGACCCCGAAGUUAUUGGUCCUAGAUCCUUAGUUGAUGAGAUUGAAGGAGGAAGCAUUAUGAAGUUCAAAUUACAUGUCAAGAACCCUUAUACAAGAAUGGCUUCUAAAGAUCUGGAAGAAACCUCAAACAUGUUUCGGCUCUUCACUACCAGUUUAUUUCUCAGUGUUCCUGUCUUUCUCAUGCGAGUAGUCUGCCCUCAUUUACCUCUGGUGUAUUCUUUAUUGCUCCGGCGAUGCGGGCCAUUCAGGAUGGGGGAUUGGUUGAAGUGGGCAUUGGUUACUCUUGUUCAAUUUGGUGUUGGUAAGCGUUUUUAUGUUGCAGCUUACAGAGCACUUCGAAAUGGUUCUACAAACAUGGAUGUCUUGGUUGCAUUGGGUACUUCAGCAUCGUAUUUCUACUCCGUUUGUGCACUUCUAUAUGGUGCAAUCACCGGGUUUUGGUCGCCAACAUACUUUGAAACAAGUGCAAUGCUAAUAACAUUUGUUUUGUUGGGAAAGUACUUGGAAACUCUUGCCAAGGGAAAGACAUCUGAUGCUAUAAAGAAGUUAGUGGAACUUGCUCCAGCAACAGCUCUGUUACUUGACAAAGACAAAGGAGGGAAGAGUAUUGGAGAAAAGGAAAUAGAUGCUUUGCUGAUACAGCCUGGAGACGUAUUAAAAGUUCUUCCUGGUACAAAGGUUCCUGUUGAUGGUAAGGUUGUGUGGGGUUCAAGUUACGUUAAUGAGAGUAUGGUUACUGGUGAAUCCGCACCUGCUCUGAAGGAGUUCAAUUCCUUGGUUAUCGGGGGUACAAUGAAUUUACACGGUUCCAUUCACAUACAAGCCACCAAAGUAGGAUCUAAAACAGUUUUGAGCCAGAUAAUAUGUCUGGUUGAGACGGCACAGAUGUCUAAAGCUCCUAUUCAGAAAUUCGCUGAUUUUGUUGCUAGCAUAUUUGUCCCUACAGUUGUUGGUAUGUCAUUGUUGACUUUAUUGGGAUGGUAUAUUGGUGGAGCUCUCGGAGCUUAUCCAGAACAAUGGCUACCUGAGCAUGGGAAUCAUUUUGUUUUUGCCCUCAUGUUUUCAAUAUCAGUUGUGGUGAUUGCAUGUCCAUGUGCACUUGGAUUGGCCACUCCAACUGCUGUCAUGGUUGCCACAGGGGUUGGAGCUAAUAAUGGUGUCCUUAUAAAAGGAGGAGAUGCGUUGGAGAGGGCUCAGAAGGUUAAGCAUGUGGUAUUCGAUAAAACAGGCACCCUCACCCAGGGAAAAGCCACAGUUACAACUGCAAGGAUUUUCACAGAGAUGGAUCGUGGAGAGUUCCUUACAUUGGUGGCUUCUGCAGAGGCUAGCAGUGAGCACCCAAUGUCAAAAGCGGUAUUGGAAUACGCCCGCCACUUUCAUUUCUUUGACUUGCCUUCUGCUACCAAGGACGCUCAAAAGCACAGUGAAGAGUCCAAAUUAUCUGGUUGGCUUCUUGAUGUCUCAGAGUUCUCUGCUGUGCCUGGAAGAGGUGUCCAGUGCUUUAUAGAUGGAAAACAAAUUUUUGUUGGCAAUCGGAAGCUGCUGACUGAAAAUGGGAUAUCCAUUCCAAUCCAAGCAGAAAAUUUCGUCAUAGAGUUGGAAGAGAGUGCAAACUCGACCAUACUUGUUGCAUAUGAUAAUGCUCUAAUUGGUGUUAUGGGGGUUGCAGAUCCACUAAAGAGAGAAGCUGGUGUGGUUGUUCAAGGCCUUAAGAAAAUGGGUGUACACCCUGUUAUGGUUACAGGGGAUAACUGGCGGACUGCCCAGGCUGUUGCUAAGGAGGUUGGCAUUGAAGAUGUAAGGGCAGAGGUGAUGCCAGCCGGAAAAGCCGAUGUAAUCCGAUCAUUUCAGAAAGAUGGAAGCAUUGUUGCUAUGGUUGGGGAUGGUAUCAAUGACUCGCCUGCCUUGGCUGCUGCAGAUGUCGGUAUUGCAAUUGGAGCAGGGACAGAUAUUGCCAUAGAGGCUGCCGAUUAUGUGUUGAUGAAAAAUAAUUUAGAAGAUGUGAUCACAGCCAUUGAUCUAUCAAGAAAAACCUUCAGCCGUAUCCGAUUGAAUUAUGUGUUCGCCAUGGCCUACAAUGUGAUUGCAAUCCCUGUUGCUGCUGGGGUUUUCUUUCCCUGGGUGAGGAUUGGGCUACCACCAUGGGCAGCUGGUGCAUGCAUGGCUCUCUCAUCUGUAAGUGUUGUGUGCUCUUCUUUACUUCUCAGAAGAUACAAAAAACCUAGACUUACCACUAUACUUGAAAUAACAGUAGAAUAGAAAUUAGAAGGUUCCCAAAAAAAAAAAAAUUAAAAUAAAA